AUAUAAAUCAAUAAUAACCUCAAUAAUUUUUUUUUAAAAGUGAUAUAAAUGGUUUGGAAUAACAGUAAACAACAAAGUAAGGGAAAGCUAAAAUUCCAGUCAAUUAAUGUUGAAACAUCAAGAAAUGGCAAUUGGAAACAAUUAAUUUAAUAUCAAAACCAAGAAAAUUGAGUUGCUGUAAAAAUUAAACAUUUGUGGUGAACGUAAACAACGAAGUAUGGAAAAUGCAAACAAAACUUCCCUAAUGAUUGUUAUUUUCCCCUAAAUCGACGUCGCAAACAUCUAAAUCCAGAACAUUUUCAUAAAACGAAUAUUUUCUUGGGUUUAGAAAAACUGCUAUAUCUGGUUUGUGAAGAAGGUAAACAACAAAAUGGGUGAAAGGUAAGAGAAACUUGUAGUCAGGACGAAUAUUGGGGAGGGACUCGUGUGCCUGAACUCCGCGACAAAAAGAAAAUACCGCGUGCCUGAAGGACCUUCAAGAGUUCGUUCUAGUUUGUGCUUGUUUUUUUCUCCGCCUCCUGCCUUCACCCCUUCAAGGGCGAUGUUGUCACUCUUUGCCAGGUCUGCUUUCUCAACAUACAGGGGAGCCGGGCCCUACAGCCAAACUGUCAUCCGGGCCAUGUCGUCGUCCAGCGGUGCCACCGCCCCUUACACCACACUGGCCAUCAGCCGUCCAGCGCAGGCGGUCACACACGUGGAGCUCCACCGUCCCAACAAGCGCAAUGCCAUGAACAAAGCUUUCUGGAGUGAGAUGGUGGAUUGUUUCAACGAGAUCUCUGGUGACCCGGACUGCAGAGUGGUGGUGGUCUCUGCUGCAGGGAAGCUCUUCACAGCAGGAAUCGAUCUGAUGGACAUGGCCGCUGACGUGCUGCAGCCCGACGGCGACGACACGGCCCGGAUUUCUUGGAACCUUAGGAAGACCAUCAGCAAGUAUCAGGAAACGUUCUCCGUCAUCGAGAGGUGUCCAAAGCCAGUCGUGGUUGCCGUCCAUGGAGCCUGUGUGGGAGGAGGAGUGGACCUGAUUACCGCCUGUGACAUCCGCUUAUGCACACAAGAUGCCUGGUUCCAAGUCAAGGAAGUGGACAUCGGGUUGGCGGCGGACGUCGGAACGCUGCAAAGGCUCCCGAAAGUCAUCGGCAGCCGUAGCCUGGUGAAUGACCUGGCUCUGACGGCUCGAAAGAUGUACGCCGACGAGGCCCUGAACAGCGGACUGGUCAGCCGAGUGUUUGCAGACAAGGAGGCCAUGAUGGCGAGCGCGCUGGAGAUGGCCGGAGAGGUGGCUGCCCGCAGCCCCAUUGCCGUGCAGGGCACCAAAGUCAACCUGAUCUACUCCCGGGACCACAGUGUGGCCGAGGGGCUCGACUACAUGGCUACGUGGAACAUGAGCAUGCUUCAGACCCAAGAUGUGAUGAAAUCCGCUCAGGCCGCCAUGGAAAAGAAGAGCGUCAAAAGUGUAACGUUCUCCAAACUCUGAACAAAGUGAACAAGCUAGGGUCCCCGGACUGGCUUUAAAGGGGUGUCCAAAGAGCCACCAUCAUUAAAAAAUUGAAUAUGUCCACAAUCUAAUGCAUCAUGUGACAUGGUGCUCAUUUUCUUUAACCAGUUUGUAAAUGUUGCAUAAUUUUAAGAUAAAAAGUGUACAUCUGAUCAGUAGCCUGACUUUGCAAUUGAGUCAAUUUCUAGCUUUAUCACUCGAAAAUAAAUUUGUACAUGAAUGUUUCUA